GGAAAAGACUCGGCGGCUCACAGCAAAGCAAUUUAACAGGUGAGAGAGAAGAUGAAGGGGAGAAAAGAUGGCUGUUCCAGGAAAAUGCUUCCUUCUCACUGGUCCUGCAGGCGUCGGCAAAUCAACUCUAAUCAUUAAAAUUCUCGAGAGCCUAAGAACUACUCAGCCCUCUUUGAAUAUUAAAGGCUUCUACACUCGUGAGAUUAGAGAAGGAAGCGAGAGAGUUGGCUUUGAAGUGGUUACAUUAGAUGGCCGAACCGCUCCUCUUUCUUCCACAAAUAAUUCUAGCCCAGAGUCUGUACGAUGGCCAACAGUUGGAAGAUACAGAGUUGAUGUAGCAUCAUUUGAAUCAUUGGCAUUGACUCAACUGCAGGUUAAGGAAGAUACUGAUCUUUUCAUAAUUGAUGAAAUUGGUAAGAUGGAGUUAUUCAGUGCUUCCUUCUUCCCAGCUGUGCUAAAGGUUCUUGAAUCCAAUAUUCCACUACUAGCCACGGUUCCCAUCCCAAAAAGUGGUCGUGAUAUUCCUGGAGUUGCUAGGGUGAAGAAUCAUCCGGGAGCAACCAUUUUCAGUGUGACAACCGCCAACAGAGACACGAUGAAGGAACAGGUUUACUCUGCAUUGCUAGCUGCGAUGAGAAAGAAUUAAAUUAAUUUUGUGGUCGUGGAAGAAGACACGCACUCGUCCUGCAUUUUGAAAUCCAGAGUCAUGUGCAUAUGAGAAAUGAUGGUCCUUCAGUCAGUCACUUUGGAACUAUGUAAGAAGGUGAUUGUCUAGAUUUUUAUUUUGAUAGUUUUCAUCUUAAUUUGUACCAUCAUUAUGAGUUCCAUCUUCUCUUAUAUAUAUUAUAUAUAAUGAAUUAAUAUCCAAUCUUAGUUCAAAGGAUAGAGCAAGCCAGAUUGAUUAUAACCCUUUUGUUUUUGUUCCCCUCCUAUAUUAAAUAGGGAGUU